CUCGCUCGUUGUCUUUGACCACCACUGCCGUUCGGACGUAUUGCGCUCGACAUGGCCUCGCUUCACUUCUGCCAGGAAUGUAACAACCUUUUGUAUCCGAAAGCCGACCAGCAGCGUCGCAUUAUGGUCUACGCAUGUCGUAUUUGUCCAUACGAUGAGAUCGGAGAGAACAAGUGUGUGUACAGGAACGAUCUGCUUACAGUCACAAAAGAACAAAUUGGCGUCACCACAGACCUCGGUGCAGAUCCCACUCUUGCUCACGCUGACAUUCAAUGUCCCGAAUGCGGACACGACGAUGCGGUUUAUUUCCAAGACCAGUCGAAACGAAAAGAAACUCGCAUGAUCCUGUUUUAUGUGUGCACCAGGUGCAAUCACAGUUUCUUGGAUCCGACACUACCUUCGGACAGUAGACCAGAGGUGGAAUGAUUGGGAUGUCUUCGUUUUGUCCCACGUCUUCGCCGUUCCGAUAUCAUUGUGGACUAUCUAUCAUAGAUUGAGUUCGGCUUGGUAUGUUAGAUGCUUGUAUUUUAAUCUGUAUGCAUAGUGUAUUCCCUUGCGAAGGAUAACUGAAGCUAGCUCAAUCUCAUGGACUUGUUCCUUAUGAUGUUGACCAUAUACGUUGCAUUGCAAGUGCAAUUAUACUUACUGUAUGAAGAUG